AUGACUAUGCUCACUUUUCGUAAUGUCUGCUCAGUACCCAGCUCCUUCCAGCUGACUGGCAUCCCAGGGCUGGAGUCCCUGCACAUCUGGCUCUCCAUCCCCUUUGGCUCCAUGUACUUUGUGGCCGUGGUGGGGAACGUCACCAUCCUGGCUGUGAUAAGGGUGGAACGUAGCCUUCACCAGCCCAUGUACUUCUUCCUGAGCAUGUUGGCUGUCAUUGACCUGGUUCUGUCCACUUCCACCAUGCCCAAACUGCUGGGAAUCUUCUGGUUUGGUGCUGGUGACAUUGGCUUGGAUGCUUGCUUGGCCCAAAUGUUUCUCAUCCACUGCUUUGCCACAGUUGAGUCAGGCAUCUUCCUCGCCAUGGCCUUUGACCGCUAUGUAGCCAUCUGCAACCCACUGCAUCAUACCACAGUGCUCAGUCCUACUAUGGUGGGACGUUUGGGGCUGGCUGCCCUCCUCCGAGGUAUACUCUACAUUGGACCUCUGCCUCUGAUGAUCCGUUUGCGGCUGCCCCUUUACAAAGCCCGUGUCAUUUUGCACUCCUAUUGUGAGCACAUGGCUGUUGUCUCCUUGGCAUGUGGUGACAGCAGGGUGAAUAAUGUCUAUGGGCUGAGCAUUGGUUUUCUGGUGCUGAUCCUGGAUUCAAUGGCAAUUGCUGCUUCUUAUGUGAUGAUUUUUAGGACUGUAAUGGGGCUGGCCACCCCUGAGGCCAGACUUAAAACCCUGGGGACCUGUGGUUCUCACAUCUGUGCAAUUCUGAUCUUUUAUGUUCCCAUUGCCGUUUCCUCCCUUAUUCACCGAUUUGGGCACCAAGUGCCUCCUCCAAUCCAUACUCUGUUGGCCAACUUCUACCUCCUCAUUCCUCCAAUCCUCAAUCCCAUUGUCUAUGCUGUCCGCACCAAGCAGAUCCGAGAGCGUCUCCUCCAAGUCCUGAAGAUAGAAACUAAGAUUAGAUGA